UCUCCGCCCGCCAGAUCUGGACGCCAAAAGGUGAAAGGGUGCGUCGAAAUGAAAAUUCUGUCGGCUGCAGGAUCUCAUCUUGUCAUCACUCUCGACAAAUUCAUCCUCCAUCAUACAACCAUCACACAGCCAACAGUCAACCUUUCGAAACACCAUGCCUUCCUCAAAGCUGACCCCGGCGACAACCCCGACCCCAACUCGAGCUCCGACUCCGACUCCAAACGGCAUCGUCGUGGAGCAGACCUUGACGGUUGAAGAUCUGCCACACAACCAACAUCCACCACAGCAAGGUGAAGGUGACACCGAAAAUGUCGUCUUUGGGGACCAAAGCCCUCGUUACCAAGCAACCAUCGUCUCGGCGACUUCCCAGCUGACCAGAACGCUUUUUGACACAACCACCCUGAACGACUUCAACCUCAACGAAACGGCUUCCGAAACCCGAGACCGCAGCAAGACUUGGGCGGGAAUCGCCUUGGUAGUCUCAUGCCUAAAUCUCUUCAGUAUGUGCGUGGACAGCAUGAUGUGUGUUAUGAUUCCCACCAUCAUGUAUGACUUUGACGUCCUGGGGGUCGAAUGGCUCCUGGCGGCUCCCGCCAUAGGCGCCGCUGCCACUAUCCUUGCGGCAGGCCAACUUUACGCCAUUCUUCCAUUCAAAGCCGUCUACAUGUUCUUCAUUGGCAUCCUCCUUGCAGGCACCGUCUCUGCUGGUGUUGCACCCAACGUCGCAGUCCUGUUCGGUAUUCGUCUCCUCGUCGGCGUAGGAAUUGGUGGACAACACUUCGGAGCAGUGGUCUUUCUCGAGCGCGACAGUACUUUCGAAGACAAGGUUCGCAGAGACUUCUACAUUACUGCCAGCUCAAUCUUGGGCCUCGUCAUCGGUCCAAUGGUUGGGGCUCUUUUCGCAUACAGAGAUCGAGGCUGGGCAUGGGCAUUCUACACCAUGUUCAUGCUCAUCUGCAUCACCACCCUCAUCCUGGCAUUUGUGCUCCCAAGAAAAUUGGAUAUUGUAACCACGGCUCCAUGGACAUACGGCAAUGCGUUGACGUGGAAUGAUCGAUUUGCAAGAUUCGAUUUCGUGGGCUCCAUCUUCAGCUUCCUCGGCAUCGUCCUGCUCUUUGUCUCUUUCAACUUGGCAGGGACACUUGUUCCAUGGUCCAACAGCUACCUGUACGGUCUCGUGGGCAUUGGUGGAGGUCUCAUCAUCUUGCUGGUCUUGCAACAGUUCUUCCGGUUCUACACUGCGCCAAACACCCGUCUGGUCCCGACAUAUUACUUUCGAACCUUCAAGACGGCAAUGCUGUUCCUUGUGGUCUUCCUGACGUCGGGCAUUUUCCACGCUGCGCUUCAAUACACGGCCCUGUACCAACUUCUCACACGCGGAUACCCCUUGGCACUUGACACGGCAUGCUAUCUCUUCUUCUACCUGACUGGCCCAUUCAUCGUCCCGAUCCCCAUUGUCCAGUUGUUCAUUGGCGGCGGAUUAAUCACGAGAUAUCGAGCAUGGCCAAGUUAUAGUGUGUGGACUUUCGUUACUUCGGGAUUCCUCCUCAUCGGUACAACAAUACUCUUCAUCGAUAUGCCAACCUUGCAGCCGACCACCGCAGGUCUACCGACGAUCGCGAGACAAUUUGCCCUUGCCUGCAUAGGAUGGUGGUCUGCAAUUCUUCUGCCCGUCGCUCAUAAGAUCAUGGACAUCUACCGACCAAUCGACACUCAGGAGCAACCUCUUCAUAAUCGGUCUUUCAUUCUCCUUGCCAUGUGGCUAGGCCCGGCGGUGACCCUGACCACCACGGGUUCGAUUUUCAUGCAACUCGGUACCCAGAAAAUGCUGUCCCUGCUACAGACUUUCCAGGGUCUUGGUGACUAUUCACCCACGGCAGAAAAUGCUCGAGUCUUGAUGCUAGGGUACACAUUUUUCCGUGACGACACCCCACCUGACCUGUUCUACCAGAGCAUUGCAGUCCUUGAGAAUGCGUUUGGAUGGAGCUUCUUGCCCGAAUUGGCCUGCGCUCUUCUCAUAACCACCCUGGCUACAUGCAUGAUCAUGCGCAAGUGGGCGCUCGGAGAUAUGACUUUUCGUCUGAAGGAAAAUGGUGGAGUUCCAAGACAAUGGCUGCCUCGAGACCAUCCCAGAAGUAGACACAUUUGGGGCAUGAACGAGGAGGAUACCGAACUGGAGGAGAGAAAUGCUCAGGAAGCUCGUGCACGCGAAGAAGUGCCGGACAUUGUCAUCUGAAGGACGAGUCAGAAAAUUGUCGAGCAUGGUGAACAGAGGUUUCAACGAUGAAAACAGGAUAUCAACCAUCAAGAGAUGGUGUUGAAAGAGACUUGUGAUCUUUAUCCAAGCGAGCAAACGGCUGUAAUCAAGAAAUGAU